CCUUCUUCUUCACUACUACUCCCACUCAAAAAAAAAAUCACUCUUAUCUCUGAAAUUCGCAAUGGCUUCCACUCUAUCCUCUGCUAUCCUACGCUCCCCCUCAUACUCCCCGCCCUCCGCCGCCUUUCAUCCGCUCCCCUCCGCCACAUUCCCCAAAUUCCCCCUCGAAUCGGCCCCCAAGCUCAUCCGCCGACGCGCCACCGCAGUCCGCCCACUCGCGGCCGUAGACGCCCCGGAAAAGGUCGUCCAACUCGGCGACGAGAUCUCAACCCUAACCCUAGCCGACGCGCAGAAGCUCGUCGAGUACCUCCAGGACAAGCUCGGCGUGACCGCCGCGUCCUUCGCACCCGCCGCCGCUGCCGCCCCCGCCGCGGCCGAGGCUCCCGCCGUCGUGGAGGAGAAGACGGAGUUCGACGUCAUCAUCGAGGAUGUGCCGACCAGCUCGAGAAUCGCCACCAUUAAAGUGGUUAGGGCUUUGACCAGCUUGGCUCUGAAAGAGGCGAAGGAGCUGAUUGAAGGACUACCGAAGAAAUUCAAGGAGGCGGUGUCGAAGGAAGAAGCCGAGGAAGCGAAGAAGCAGCUCGAAGAAGCCGGCGCCAAAAUCGCCAUUGUUUAAACAAUUGCGCUGCAGCUUUACUCAAUUUUCGCGGUAAACAAAAAUUACAAAUCUGAGUAUUUUUUUCGUUAUUCUGUGGUUGAUUUGUGUUUUUUAUUUAGUUUAUUUGGUAGUUGUAGAGGCAGUCAUAUUAUGAAUCUGUAAUCAAUUUAGACCCUAAGAUUUUAUGUUUCCUACAAUCCAGUUAUCUUUUCACUGCAAACAAGUUGAGUCGAGUCGAUCCGAACGUAUCGUAGUUUAAAUAUUGUGUUAUGAGUUUGAUAAGCUAUCAAGUCUAUCUUAAACGAGCUAUAA